GCCAGCAGGAGGCGCCGAGUCCGGCGGCGGGCACAGCCUGGGGCCACCACGCCGAGCCUGGGCGGGAGUGGCCCGGCGCACUUGAGCCCCGAGGGCACCUCGGGCUGCAGCCUUAGAGUCCCGGCCGCUGUGACAAGCGUCCCCGGGACCUGGAGCUGUGCUGCCUGGCGCGGGGAGGGUGCGGGCACGGUGCUGGGUUCGUGCGGGGCCCCGGGCGUCGCAAUGAACAUCGUGGUGGAGUUUUUCGUGGUCACUUUCAAAGUACUGUGGGCGUUCGUGCUGGCUGCGGCGCGCUGGCUGGUGCGACCCAAGGAGAAGAGCGUGGCCGGCCAGGUGUGCCUCAUCACCGGCGCGGGCAGCGGCCUGGGCCGCCUCUUCGCCCUGGAGUUCGCCCGGCGUCGGGCGCUGCUGGUGCUCUGGGACAUCAACACGCAGAGCAACGAGGAGACGGCGGGCAUGGUGCGCCACAUCUACCGCGACCUGGAGGCGGCCGAUGCCGCCGCUCUGCAAGCUGGGAAUGGCGAAGAAGAAGUCCUACCCCACUGUAACUUGCAGGUCUUUACCUACACCUGUGACGUGGGAAAGAGGGAAAAUGUCUACCUGACCGCUGAAAAGGUCCGUAAGGAGGUUGGUGAGGUCUCGGUCCUGGUCAACAAUGCUGGCGUGGUCUCUGGACACCACCUUCUGGAAUGUCCUGAUGAGCUCAUUGAAAGAACCAUGAUGGUCAACUGCCACGCACACUUCUGGACCACUAAGGCCUUUCUUCCGACAAUGCUGGAGAUUAAUCAUGGCCAUAUUGUGACAGUUGCAAGUUCCCUGGGCUUGUUCAGCACUGCUGGAGUUGAGGAUUACUGUGCCAGUAAAUUUGGAGUUGUAGGUUUUCAUGAAUCUCUGAGCCAUGAACUAAAGGCUGCUGAAAAGGAUGGAAUUAAAACAACCUUGGUUUGCCCUUACCUUGUAGAUACAGGCAUGUUUAGAGGCUGCCGAAUCAGGAAGGAGAUUGAGUCCUUUUUGCCCCCUCUGAAGCCUGAUUACUGCGUGAAGCAGGCUAUGAGGGCCAUACUCACUGACCAGCCCAUGAUCUGCACCCCCCGCCUCAUGUACAUCGUGACCUUCAUGAAGAGCAUCCUUCCUUUUGAAGCAGUUGUGUGCAUGUAUCGGUUCCUCGGAGCGGACAAGUGUAUGUAUCCCUUUAUUGCUCAAAGAAAGCAGGCCACAAACAAUAAUGAAGCGAAAAAUGGAAUCUAAGAGUCUUUGUAUGGAGUGCCAUUUCUAUCAGAAGACAAACAGGAUGGUUCAGUCCGCGCACAUUAGCAGUACUGACAUUCUCUGGAUUCUAACCCCAUGUUGACUUUUUUUUCUAAUCAACUUUUUUAAAAAAAUAAUAAUAAAGCAUAAAUUAACUGACCUAGAAUACUUGGGAAGUGUGAGCUUAGGUUGUUGCCAACGGGAUCUUUUUAGACAGAACCCUAAAACCGAGUCCAAACCUUACACAAGCACUAUGUAACAUCUUUGGGCUAUCAUUAUUUCUUUAAUGAACAGAAAGUCUAGAAAUGUUAAUUGCAGUAUGUUUCAUGUGUAUGAUUUUUCUGAAUUCCCACAGAGUUCAUUCAUUCUUGUCAUGAGUCUGACUAACUGACAUCCUUACACCUUCAAGGACUCAGAGUGCUGUAUUUUGUUGUGUUCUGGGUUCCCUUCUGCGAUCCUGGGUGGCUUGUUCAUGAUCUCCAUGUUUUUAGCUCUUUUAAAGAGGAAGUUUUCAACCUCCAUCAGUUUGAGUCAGUGCUGAAUAGCACAGUGAAGGCCAUCAGCUCUUUUUUAAACUUGCAAUGACUAAAAUAUUAGUUGGUUUCUAAAUUUAAUCUAUGAAAUACUUGGCUAAGUGUCUAGAGACCUGAUGACCCAAACAAUUAUGUUUUCUACCAUGGAUUUUGCUGCAUAUAGAAAGUGUCCUUUCCUUGGGGAGCUGCUGCAUUCAUGUUCAUGGGUGGACUGUCAUCUAGAAAGCAUAGCAGCUCUGCAAAGGAACAGUUUCUGAGAAUGGGAAUUUCUGCAUUAAAAAGUCCCCAUAUUUGUGCCAACUCUGAUUAGUGACAGGGACAAAUUUUACAGUAUAGAGUAUGUGUGGAAAGGGUAAAGAUUCCUUUGAAAGAUUAUUCACAUUGUAGAACAGCAAAUGACAUUUUUACAGUAUUUUUUUGUAAAGCAAACUAUUUUGUGCCUUGAAUUUGGUAUAUGUGUAUUAGUGAAACAUUGUAAAAGUGAAUUUCUACCUCUGUAUCUAAAUGUGCACCAUCCACUUGUAAAUUACUAUGAACUAUUAUGUGAUUGCCUUUUUUUUUUAGAAUGUCUUGUUUAAAUAGUGACCAAUGUUUAAUGCUAUUAAAAUAAGCCAACUUUUACUAAUUGGGAAGUUUUAUAAAGGAUUGAUUAAUUAAACUUAAAGGAUUAACUUACAUAACUGUGUGAUUGUUAGUUGACAACAACAUUGUGAGGAAAAUUAUUGUGGGUUGCUUUUGUUUCUCCCCAUGCCCUAUCUUGAUUUAGUCAAAGAAAAAUGUUUGAAUGGAAUACCAUUUGGGAACAAAUAAAAAGCAUGGGUGUGGUACCUUGUACUCCAGUCUCCAGUGUUAACAUCUGCCUACAGUAGGUAGUUCAUUAAGAGCUUGCUUAUAGGGCUGGAAAGAUGGCCCAGUGGUUAAGAGCAUUUUCUGCUUUUCCAGAGAGCCAGAGUUCAAGUCCUAGCACCCACAUGAGGUGACUCACAACCACCUAUAUGGCUGCAAGGGAUCCAGUGCUGCCUUCUGCCUUCUAAGGGUAUCCAUACACAUGCACACAUGAAUACAAAUAAAUCUAAAAGAGAAUCAAAGAGCUUGCUUACAAUGGGGAAGCAGAAAGAGUCACAUUGCUUGUGUUAUUUGGCUGUGCUGCUGUUCAAGGAUCCCACAUUCAGGAAAGAUCCUGGCUCACAGCUGAUACUCUCAAUGCUGGUCUUAAGGAAGAGCUUCAUUGUGUGUUUGAACUUCUCUUUAUAACCACACCUUGAGGGCAUUGUAACAGUGGAGACAUAGGCUGCCACUUAAUUUUCAAUUGUGGAUUUAAAUAAGUGCUUUGAGAUAUUGUCAUGACUGUGGAGUUGGGACAGCUGUGUUCAGGAUAUCCAGAUCUCUUCCCAGCUAGCCUGGAGCACACAAAAAACAUCCCAGAGAAAUCCAAUUUAAUGGCCCAGAUACCCACCUUAAAGCCAAGAAAGCUCUUCUUCACUUUUAAUUUUGUCUUCAUGUGUUGAAAUAAUCUAUUUCUAUUUUUGUUUUUUGGGUUUUUGGUUGUUGUUAUUGUUGUUUUUGCCCUUAUAAAGUGGUCCAUCUCCAAGUUCAAUAAACCUAAUUCAUUUAA